CAGGAAGUUAGUGUUUCAUUUGCCAGUCUCGGUUGUCAAGCCUCUCGAGCUGUGAGCCAAUCACAGCGCAAGGAGCCUCCUCCAUAGCCACGCGGCGACUGUCCUGUUUCAUCACAAACUGCUGUCAGGUCGUCCUCUACCUUCGGGUUCACACUUAAGAGGUGUAUGAUGCUGGUGACACAGUUGCUGAGGGGUGCACUGAAGCACUCUGGGAGCAGUGGGGAGGUGUUGAUGACAGCAGUUCGUGGCAUCAGCUCAUCCCCACACCGGUUCGCAGCUUUCGGGAGAACUCCUCCUCCAUCCUGGCCUGACAGCGACCACCCUAAAAUCCUCAUCACCGGUGGGCUUGGCCAGCUAGGGGUGGGGCUUGCCAAGUUGUUGAGGAAACAAUUUGGAAAAAACAACGUGAUCCUGUCUGACAUCAGGAAACCCCCCAACCAUGUCUACCAUAAUGGUCCAUUCAUCUUCUCAGACAUCCUGGACUUUAAGAACCUGGAGGAGAUAGUGGUCAACAACAACAUCAGCUGGCUGGUUCACUACUCGGCCGUGCUGUCGGCUGUGGGAGAGAGCAACGUCACGCUGGCCAAGGAGGUCAACAUCACGGGUCUCCAUAACAUAUUAGACAUAGCAACAAAACAUGCUCUGCGUGUGUUUGUCCCCAGCACGAUCGGUGCCUUCGGUCCGUCCUCACCCAGAGACCCCGCGCCUGAGCUGUGUGUGCAGAGACCACGCACCAUCUACGGUGUCGCCAAGGUCCACGCAGAGCUGAUGGGGGAGUACUACCACCACAGGUACGGGCUGGAUUUCCGCUGCCUCAGGUAUCCAGGCAUCAUUUCGGCUGACUCCCAGCCUGGAGGAGGAACCACAGACUAUGCUGUCCAGAUCUUCCAUGCAGCUGUGAAGAGCGGGUGUUUUGAAUGCUACCUGCGCAGUGACACACGGCUUCCUAUGAUGUACAUUGAUGACUGUCUCAGGGCCACUCUGGAGAUCCUGGAGGCUCCGGCAGAAACACUUCCCAGCCGCACUUACAAUAUCAGCGCCAUGAGCUUUACGCCACACGACCUCACCCAGGAGAUCCAGAAAGUCCUGCCCGACUUCCAGGUCACCUACAAUGUGGAUCCUGUCCGACAGGCUAUAGCGGACAGCUGGCCGAUGGCAUUAGAGGACAGCGCUGCGAGGCGGGACUGGGGCUGGAAGCACGAGUACGACCUCUCAGAGUUGGUGCAGGCCAUGCUGACACAUAUUACUGCGGGCAACCAGCUGGCACAGGCCAACUGAGCCGUUUGUAGCAUUUUUGCGGCCACUCAAAGCUUUACUUGAAAGUGUGUGACUUGCAUCUUAAAGGGAAAGUUCACCCCAAAAAUUAAACAGCUCUUAUUGUAGUGACA